CGUCCGUGACGGUGACGUCCCUCCCGCAGCCUCCCUGUGCCUUCACGCCCUCCGAGUGAAGACGAAGUGCCUGCCUCUGUGCCCGCGAUGGUCCUCGACCUCCGCCCCGCGGAUCACCACCCACUACACUGUGCACCCCCGGGACCGGGACCCGCGGUGGGAAGGAGUGAGCAUGGAGAGGUUCGCGGAGGAAGCAGAUGUGGUGAUCGUCGGCGCGGGCCCUGCGGGGCUCUCUGCGGCCGUCCGUCUGAAGCAGCUGGCAGCAGCCCAGGACAAGGACAUCCGCGUGUGCCUCGUGGAGAAGGCCGCGCAGAUCGGAGCCCACACCCUCUCUGGGGCGUGCCUCGACCCAGGCGCUUUCCAAGAGCUCUUCCCGGACUGGAAGGAGAAGGGGGCUCCACUUAACACGCCUGUGACGGAAGACAGGUUUGGAAUUUUAACGGAGAAGCACAGAAUUCCUGUGCCAAUCCUUCCAGGCCUCCCCAUGAACAAUCACGGCAACUACAUCGUGCGCUUGGGGCACCUGGUGAGCUGGAUGGGCGAGCAGGCCGAGGCCCUGGGGGUCGAAGUCUACCCUGGCUACGCUGCUGCCGAGGUCCUUUUCCACGAAGACGGCAGUGUAAGAGGAGUUGCCACGAACGACGUGGGGAUACACAAGGACGGUGCGCCCAAGACGACCUUUGAGAGAGGACUGGAGCUACAUGCCAAAGUCACCAUCUUUGCCGAAGGGUGCCACGGCCACCUCGCCAAGCAGCUGUAUAAGCGGUUUGAUCUGAGGGCCAGCUGUGAGCCCCAGACCUACGGGAUCGGACUGAAGGAGUUAUGGAUUAUCGACGAAAAGAAGUGGAGGCCUGGGCGAGUGGACCACACGGUCGGCUGGCCCUUGGACAGACACACAUACGGAGGGUCCUUCCUCUACCACCUGAACGAAGGAGAGCCCCUCGUGGCUGUUGGCUUUGUGGUCGGUCUGGACUAUCAGAAUCCGUUCCUGAGUCCCUUCCGUGAGUUCCAGAGGUGGAAACACCACCCCAGCGUCCGGCCGACCCUGGAAGGCGGGAAAAGGAUCGCGUAUGGUGCCCGGGCACUCAACGAAGGGGGCCUCCAGUCUAUACCGAAGCUCACCUUCCCGGGCGGCUUACUGAUCGGGUGCAGCCCUGGCUUCAUGAACGUGCCCAAGAUCAAAGGGACCCACACAGCAAUGAAGAGCGGGGCUUUGGCAGCGGAGGCGGUUUUCAGCCAGCUGACAAGGGAGGGCGUCCAGUCAGGGACCAAAGGGCUGCACGUCACUGAGUACGAGGACAACCUGAAGAAGUCCUGGGUGUGGAAGGAGCUGUACUCUGUCAGGAACAUACGGCCCUCCUGCCACGGCGUGCUGGGGGUCUACGGAGGGAUGGUCUACACGGGGGUCUUCUACUGGAUCUUCAGAGGGAUGGAGCCGUGGACCCUCAAACACAAAGGUGCGGACUCUGAGCAGCUCAAGCCAGCCAAGGACUGCACGCCCAUCGAGUACCCAAAACCGGACGGGCACAUCAGCUUUGACCUCUUGUCAUCCGUGGCUCUGAGCGGCACCAACCACGAGCACGACCAGCCGGCGCACCUGACCCUCAAGGACGACAGCGUGCCCGUGAGCAGGAACCUGGCCGUGUACGACGGGCCCGAGCAGCGCUUCUGCCCCGCAGGAGUUUAUGAAUUUGUACCUCUGGAACAAGGUGACGGGUUUCGGUUACAGAUCAACGCUCAGAACUGUGUGCACUGUAAGACCUGCGACAUCAAAGACCCGAGUCAGAACAUCAACUGGGUGGUGCCGGAGGGGGGGGGAGGGCCCGCGUACAACGGGAUGUAGACCGCGGGCAUGCAGCACUGGUGGCCCCGGGCCCUGGGGAUGCUCCGAGCUAACGAGCAGCUGAGUCUCACAGCCUUAUUUAUCGAUCAGAAUGUCCACGAACAAUUACCAGGGAGUACAGAUGUUACAGUCUCCGACUGUCCUGUAAAGAAUUAUGACUUUCUCUUAAAUAAAACUUUGUAACAAUGCA